AUGAAGAAUUUAGGAUAGAUUAUACCAUUAAUAGAUAUUUAAGGCCCAUUAUAAGUUAUUUUUUAUAAAAUUUUAAAUAAUGCAUUCUAAUAUGGAGAUUUUUCAAGUUAUAAUUACUUGUUUGAUUACAAAUAAAAUGUAACUAAUCUGCUUUAUGAUUUUGAUAAUAAUAUAUUAAUUGGAGUUACUGGAACACUCAAAUAAAUUAAUUCUAUUAAUAUACCUGGAGAUAAUUAGUUAUUUACUUAUUAGACAGGAAGCUAAUUUUCUAAAAAUGCUUUUUUUUUUUAUCAAGAGAAAAAUAUUUUACUUCUAGUUGAUUAAACUCCAAUUAUGUAUUUUUAUAACUAUUUAACAAAAAAUAUAACUCUUUAUCAAAUUGAAGUAUAAAAUACUUAAGGAAUUUUAAUAGACAAAUAUAAAAAUAUAAUUUUCUUAUAUUCAGAUUUUUAUAUUUCAGCUUUUGAAUAUUCUUCUAUGCAAUUUAUUGAAACAUUUACACAGCCAUACGAAUUAACGCCUAUUUAAAGUGUGUUUUUGGACACAAAUCUAUCUCUAUUAACAGCUUUAACUUUAAAUAAAGUUUUAACUUUUGAUUUAACUGAAGUUCUUUAUGCGAGUGAGGUAAAUCUCCCUUAGUAUCAAAAUAUCUAAACUUUAAAUUUAAAUAGAGAAUAUUAAGUUUAUUAUAACAUAGUUAAUCUCUCUUUAAAUUUGUAUAUAAACGCAAAAUUAAUUGAUACCUUAUUAUUUGAGCCAUCUAUCUAUAACGUUUACCCUUAUUUAACAUAACUUAUUAAAAUAAAUGAUAACAGCUUUAUCUAUAUUUAAUUCGAAAAUUUAAAUUUAAUUUAAUUUGAUUAAGAAAAAUAAAAAUUAAUAUUAGUUAAAAAAAUUUAAUUAAGCAAUUUACCUGAUAACUUCUUUUAUGAUAAAAUACAAAAUUAAGUUCUAAUUUUGUAUGAGAAUAGCUAUCAACUAACCAGUUUGAGUUUAGAAAUAUUAAAUUGUGCAGAGGUUAAUCUAGCUAACUUUAAUGGCGGAGAUGUUUCCCAAUCUUUCAUAUAUUAUUAAUAUAUUAUAAUUCCUUCAACCUAUAGGAUUUAUACAUUUGAUUUUAUUCAACAAAAAUAAGAGUAAAUUGUUUUUUAGAAUUCACUUAAAAUUUAAUUUGUUUUCAAGCUUCAAGUUAAAUUAUUUUAGAAUUAUUCUAAUUAAUGGUGGAAUAUCACUUAUGAAUACGAAGAUAGGUAUAACACAAAUGACUCCUAACAAUAGCUUCUUAUCUGUGUUAUAGCUAAAGAAAAUAAUAUAUUUAAAGUAUUUAUAGCCCAAUUAGAUACCUAAGAAAUAAAAUACAACUAUUCAAUUUAAGAUAGUAAAAUAACAAAUGCUGUCAAUGAUCCUUUCCGCUAAUUAAUAUUUUUAGUAAACAACUAAGGAUAGACUCUAAUAUUUAAUUACAGCUUAAAAUUAAUUAUAAUAAAAUAAAACUCUUGCUUAAAGUAAACUAAAAUUUCUUUUGAUUCCUAUUUUAUUUAUUCUAUAUGUCCAAAUGAUAUAGUAAUUUAUAACGGUUUAAGCUUCUAGUAGUAGUACCCUACAAUUAAAUCAGGUUUAAAAGAAGUGACAAAUAUAGUUAAUAUCUAAUAUGAUAACUUAUUUAUUAUAACAUAAAAACUCAAUUCUUUACUUGUAAAAUUGAGUUUUGAUUCUUAGUAUGAGCUAAUUUAAAUUAUAGAUUAAGAAGGUAUGCAACUUUCCAAAGUAGAAUUAAACAAAGGUUCAGAUAAUAACAUCUUUCUCGAAAUACUAUUUUCUUCUUAUCGAAAUAUAGUCUAUUAGAUAAUACCUUUGUCUAAAAAACAAUCUUGUAAUCUAGAAAUUAUAUAGUAAAAUAGACCUUUAGAAAACCUUUAUUUUUAAGUUGAACUAAGCAAAAGUCUUAAUACUUUAUCAAUAAUAUAUUUAAAAUAUUGA